CUUUGCUUGCCUAGCUCAACUGGGUAGUUGUGACUAUUGUGGUGGCAACCUGCAGUGUUGGGGCUCAGACGAGCCCUGUGUCUGUGCACCACCCAUGGCCCGGUGGUGCACACUUCAAUCCAUCGUGGUCUUCAUAUUAUGCGACCAGGAGUCUCAGGUCACAGCAGCCCGAGUCACCGGAGGUGAAGCCGAUGAGGCCAAAGAGUUGAAUGCUUCCAGAUCGCACAUGGCUCAGUUCAACCACUCUAGGAAGUUGCAAAGCUGGAGAGAAGUUGCUGCUUGGUCACCCGGCCACAACCGAGAAUCUGCCAUGUCACAGACUUUCCGACCGGCUCACGAGUGGUUCAGCUGGAAGCAGGAACGAUUCCUAGCAGUCUUGACGGUGCUGAGCUUUUUCACCCUUGCGAUCACCUACCUCAUUGCAUCAGGAAUUCAGAUGAUGAUUCAAGCACGCCGAGUUCGGCAAGUGCUAAAGAAUCAGCUGACCCACCAGAACCAGGCCCUUUCUGUCCAGGCUGUCUUAGAAGCCCGCCUGGAGAUUUUCAGGAGUUUGGUAGAGCUUUCCCAUGACCGAGAAAGCAACGAUAGCGACUUUGAGGUGAAGGUGCUUGUAGCUUUCUUCAAAGAGGUGAUGGAGAGGAUUUGGGAUGCCAUGAAGUCUGGCAUGCUCGACGACGAGGUCCAGAUAGUACUAGAGACGGCGCUCGAAAGCAAUGAGGAAUGCACCUGCAUCAGCGAACGCAAGCAGCUGUGCUUGGACCUUGUUGCCUCUACCAUGCAGCAUGCUACACCGGAGGCCAAGGGCAAGCUCUUGACUUUACUUGAGAGGGGGCUACAACAGCAGAUCAGAUCUCUAGUCCAAGAAGGCUUCAUGCCACGAAAGGCUCUUUUGGAUGCGGCAGCCGCCAAAGAGACCGAUGGUAUGCUAGAGCAGCGCCUAAAAUUCCUGCUUGCUGAAGAGGCAUCAUGUGCGGCGGCAGGCUGUUCGGGCUUCUUCGGCUUCGGAGUGCGUUGAGGUACUGUACUAGCUCCAUUUGGCUCCUGGCAUCUUCGAAAGACUGACCCGCUCAGUUCACCAAAUAGGUGAAUUGCAAAGCAUUUGGCUCAUUUGGCAAUCGAGAAACAGCG